AUGGCCGUGGGCUUGCAUUUUGGCCCCUUUGCACGAUUCUCGCGGCGCUGGCAUGGUAUCGCGGCAAGAAGAGCUCUACCGCCAGAGCAGAGAGGAACAGAAAAAGCAAACAGCGGGGAGACUUCAGCUCGAAUUCUGCGGCUCUUUGGCCUUGGUGGAGAACCCCGCUGUCCUCGCCAGACCCCGCCUAUCCAAGACCCGGAGCUGCGAGAUAGUGGUAGUAAGGGACGGCAGCGAGCACGCAAGCAGCAACAGGGCCGUUGUCUGAUCCGAAGCACGGAGCAUCUGCGGUGUCCCACGGGGGACAGACCCUCUGCGUCGAAGCCUGAAGUUGCUGAUCCCUCUACUUUGAGGCUAGCACUCAGGACGCUCGAGUUCCCUUGUCCUUACUUUAAGCAUGGACCUGGUGCCUUUCCGGUGACACGCAUUUGGCAAUCGCAAGAUGACAACUGCGGCAAAGGCAGUUGGGGACGCUCACACGUGGUAUAGUUGCAGUGAAUUCUUCCUACUUGGCACCCUGCGCACCUCCAUCUGCACGGCCCGACGAGAUGAGUGUACGGGGUAGCAGCCAUGUUG